AAACAAAUACUAGAUUAAAAAAAUAUUCAUCUUUCUCUUUCACCUUGAAAUUUCCCUCACCGUGUUCACAUCAACGCGUCUUUCACUUUGAAAACUAAUUCAUCUUUGUUUCAUCAUGCACAUUAACAUUUCUGUCUUGACUUGUGUUUGUUGAUUCAACUCUCAACUUUUAUCAGUUUCAUCUGUUUAUGCUUAAUUACGAUGAGUUUUCAAAUUCCACGUGACCAGGUUAAAGGUGAUACGAUUCUUUUAAUUGAUGAAUUUCUUUUUGCUAUGAUUGUCCGUUCACCCUCAGAUCAAAUGAAUCCUGAUGAAGUGAUCAUAGGGUUUCCUCUUGAGUAUGAUUCUUUCUUCAAUUAUUUCAUUGAUUUCCUGAGGGCUGAGCUUCCACGAUACCAUGUUACAGUACUCCCUGGAAAUAUGCUCCUAAUUACUUGCAUGGAGAAAGAGAGUCAGAGAAGCAUAACAGGAAACAGGUCUUCCCAGCUUGAUAACAAUGAAUCAUGUGUUCUUGUCAAACUGCAUUGCUCUCAUACAAAUGUAACAAGAAACCUUGAGUCUCAGCAUGGCUAUAACUACCAUUACAAUCAAAACAAACGGAAGAAAAUCGUGCGCCGACUCUCAUCUUUUCUAGUCUCAAUCAUUCUCUUGCUUGGUUUUAUCUUCAACAUAUCGAUCCAGUUUUCAGUUAACCAACUCCAGCCACUGCACAAAGAACACGUUGGCCGCCUUUCCAUACGGCCUUCCUUGUUCGUCUUGUUCUAUUUUAUGGUGUUGGUUUGUGCUAUUGUUGUAAUGAUUCUUGUUGGUGGAGCAUUUUCUUCUGUGCAGAAAGCUAUGCUUAUCUUUUGGCUCACUUUGAUGCAUCUUAAAUCAGCUAACUCAAUCACUGAAAUGCUUUUUCCAUUAGCCGGUGGAGUUUUUAUAGGGUGGUAUGCUUUUUCCAAAUGAAGCGAAAUUAACUGAAUAAAGAUGCUAAGCUGCCAACUUAAACAUCUACGUAUGUGUGUGUGCGUGUGUUUAAUAUCAGUGUUCCUUCUAGUCUGUGUUUGUAAUUUGCAGCUCUUAAGUAAUACAUUAUUCCAUCUCAGCUGUGUGCUGUGAUACGUUGUUGUUGGGUUUUACUUUUCCAUUUAAAAUAGUUGUAUUGGCUACCCAAGUUUCUAUGUUUAAUUAUUAACUUUGCUAAUGUUUUAAUUCAUAUGGAUUGGUAAAUUUGGCA